GACUCAGAACUGAGACUGGAAAAACCACACAAAUCUCCAACCACUGGCAUUGCCUUUUGGGAAAGGUGGUAUCCGCCAUAUAGUAAAAGGUGAAAUGGCGCAGCAAGCGGAGAGUUCACUUCAUCGGGCGUCAAUAGGUAUCGAUAUGUCGGCCAAGGACCGGCGGGAGAAGCGGGAGGACACUCAAACGCAACACACCAAGGCCUUCUUAGAUUUUCUUCCACCAUGGGUUCUUCUUAACCUUCGAAAUCCCAAAUCAUGGAAGUUGUUCUUGAGGUCUUGGGUCGGGUCAUGGGCAGCCUUGAUCCUUUUCUUGCCAGAUAAAUCUUUGGGAGUACUUGGAAACACGGCUUUCUUUACGUUGUUGUCAAGUAUAUUUUUGCCAGCUUAUCUUCCUAUCCAGAUGUUUUUCAUUCUCGUAUCUACUCUGGUAAUUGGCAUUAUGCUUGGAUGGGGAAUUGGAGCGGCGGCCAUGCGCGCUGCACUAGCAUCUCGCAGUCAAGUAUUACUGAUGAGUACUUUAGAGAAAGUACAGUCCAGGUAUGUCACCGACCCUAUCCCACAAAUGUUACCCAGAGAACAAUCCCUCUUCUUCAGUGCGGCUGGACUGGCGGACCCAGAAGCAUUGUUUACAGCGGAUAUAUUCCAGGGGAUGUUCUUAGACGUUCGGUCUUCCAUCGUCUUUGGAUGUUUUCUUGGUUUGGGUACAUUUAUAUUUGCUCUCGUCCGAGCCUAUGCCCCUGGUCUUACUAUGAUGAGUGUUUUCGGCACGAUUGCUCUGGAUAUAUACUGCACUUUUGGCCCUCUAUUUCCCACAGGGGAAUACAAUAUCCUCAAUUCAUUACUGACCUCUGUGGCAUCCUACGUUGCUAUUGCGGUGGUGGUAUCUGUUCUCAUCUUCCCUGAAACAUCAAAUCACUCUUGUUUGUCCGGUAUAUGCGCCCAACUAGACAAGUUGCAAGGUCUCCUCGAAAUCCAAUCUGAUGUUUUAAAUUCUACCCCAGAAGACCUAUCCCCUGACAAAGCUCUUCUGAAACGUAUCCUUGCUCUAAGGGCAGCAGUUAUUGGGGGUCAACAACAAUUGACGGCAAAGUCAAAGUAUAUCUCCAGUGAAGUCAGCUGGGGUAAAUGGAGCGGAGACGAUGUGAAAGGCUUGGAAGAGCCCCUCCUUGCUAUAAUGGUCCGCAUCGCUGGGCUCCAAAAUUUUGCAAGACUUAUGGGUAAACCACAACUUCCGCCUUGCCCUGAGUCAAAUCACCCUAAUCAAGAUUCAAUCACCACAUCUUCCGUGUCGGUUACUAGAGAGAUUGAACAGCCCCAGGGCGUCAACGAUACUUAUCUCCUUCGACACCUCGCUCAACAAAAUCGUCUUGCGGAAGCGAACCACACCCUCGAAAUACAACACAUGCUCCCACUACUCAGGGAUUCCACUUCUGAUCUUCGUGAAGCCUGCGCACAUGGAUUGGUCAGUGUGAAAGAAACUCUCGACUUUAUCAAUAAAUACCGGUGGCAUCGUAAUCCCAAUUUAGACGGCGCAUGUUCCAAAAGCCUGGACGAUGCGAUUGAACGUCUAUCUGCUGUCCUCAGCGAAUUCAAGGAUUCGAAACGCA